UGAGGAGUUGGCGAUAGGUACUAGAGCGGGGGGGAGGGGAGGACCUGUUAUUGUGCGCAACAUGGACGCGCGUGUGGUGCCCAGCGACUUGUACCCGCAGAUCUACGGCUUCCUGCUGCAGAACAAGUUCGACAAGGCCGCCAAGGAGUUCCUGAAGCAGUCAAACGUGAAAGUUCCAGAUGUAAAGUCACCAUCUCUUGUGGAGAUCUAUGACUUCUGGGUGAACAGGUCAUCUGAUGUAGCAAAGAAAAGAAAACCUGUACUCAAUGGGCCGCCUGCAAAAAGGGCAAAGAAAGAGGAAAGCUCCAGUAGCUCUGACAGCUCGGACAGUUCCGAUGAUGACGAAGCUGCUAAGAAACCAGCGAGCAAGCCACCAGUGCCAGCUGUAACCAAACCCAUAGUUAAAAAGGCUGUUUCGAAGAAGGAAAGUAGCAGCAGCGAAGAUUCAAGUUCUUCAGAUUCUGAAGAAGAAAAAAAACCCCCACAGAAGGCUGUUUCUGUUAAAGCUGCAGCUCCUGCAACUAAAACACCAGCUGUCACCAAGCCAGCUGCCAGAAAGAAAGAUGAAAGUUCCAGCAGUGAAGAAUCAGACAGCUCAGAGGAUGAGAAACCUGCUGCAAAAGCACCAGUGAAACCAGCCUUAAAACCCGUCAAUCAGGCCGCUGAGGAAAGCAGUGAGGACGAUUCCAGUGACGACUCUAGUGACUCUGACUCUGCGGAGAAACCACCUGCGCAAAAAGUAAUGCCCAAGAUGCCUGUGCCUGCUAAGCCAGUGUCAGCUCCAGGAAAAGCCAAGAAUACAAAAGCUACAACCCCUGCUAAAGCAGUAGUGACCUCUAAAAAGGAGAGCUCAAGCAGUGAGGAGGAGUCUGACAGCUCCGAUGACGAGGCAUUGGCUGUAAAACCAAACGCAAAGCCGGGUGCUUACAAUGCAGUGCCACCACCUACACAACAGAGUAAGAAGGCAGCUCCAGGCAAGAAGACACCUACACCAAGUGCUGUAAAAAAGGCUCCAGUGUCAAGUGCUGUAAAAAAGGCUCCAGCAUCGAGUACAAGCAAGAAAGCAGCAGCAGCCCCUACUAAAAAGGAGAGCAGUGACUCUUCAGAGGAUAGUUCUGACAGCAGUACUGAUGAGGAACCCAUGAAACCUGCUACGAAAAUUGCACCAUCAAAAUCUGCUCCAAAGCCAGUGAUGAAACCAGCUGCUGCUCAAAAAACUGUAGCCAAGGCAGAUUCCAGUUCUGACAGUGAGUCCGAUUCUGAAAGCUCUGAAGAUGAACCCAAAACGAAGAUUAUGGCAAAACCCACAUCAAAACCAGCUACAAACCCCACUCCCAAGCCAGCUUUGAAAACUGCACCAAAACCAGGAGUGAAGCCUCCGGCCCAAACAAAGGACGCAGAGGGCAGUUCAGAAACUGACAGCUCGAGUGAUUCUGAUGACGAGAGCACGCCGGCUACUGCUGCCAUCAAACCAACUGCUAAACCAGCUGCUGCGUCUGUAAAACCAGGAAAGCAAAAUAUGCCAGCAGCCAAGGUGGCGGCUGAUGAAAGCAGCUCAGACUCUGAUGACUCCAGCAGUGACGAGGAGGAGGCAAAACCUGCAGCAAAGGUCACGAUUUCCACCAAAGGAAAAUCAUCAUUGACUGCGAAAGCAAAGUCCCCGGCUGUGACUGCGAAAGCAAAGUCCCCGGCUGUGACUGCGAAAGCAAAAGGCCCGGCUGUGACUACGAAAGCCGCAUCACCAGCGGUUGCUACAAAAUCAAAAGCCACAGCCGUGACGAGUAAAAAUGAAUCCAGCAGUUCCGAAGAAACUUCGAGUGACGAUGAACCUCAGGUGAAAACUCCAGUUAGCCAAGUCAAAAAGGCAGUUGCCGCUCCAUCUGCAAACUCUGCAGCCAAGAAAGCAGAAGGCAGCAGCAGCUCAGAAAGUUCAGAGUCCGAGGAAGACGGUGCUAAACGAAAACCGAAUGAUGUGCAAACACCAACGUUAACGCCUGCAAAGAAAGCAGCAGAGAGUAGCUCUGAAGAUAGCUCCUCUGAUGAAGAUGAGAAAAAGAAUACCCAAUCUGUAAACGGUACAGUAAACACCAAGAGGAAAAGGAAAAGCUCUUCCUCAUCCUCGUCUGAAGCAGAGGGCAGAAAAGAUGAAUCAACUCCAGCAAACCAGAAACUGCAAGUGAAAACUCCAAACACAUUUCCAAAAACUAAAAAGAAAACGGCACAGUCCAAGUUGACACCUGGAAUUAAGAGCCCUCAACCUAAUACUCCUUUCCGUAGAGUAAGAGAAGAAGAAGUUGAAAUUGAUCCACGUCUUGCAAAUAAUUCGUUUGCUGCAAAGAAAGGAGCGUCAGGAGACUGGGGUGAAAAGGCAAAUCACGAUCUAAAAUGUACGAAAGGAAAAUCCUUCAGACAUGAAAAGACGAAGAAAAAGCGUGGGAACUACCGGGGCGGGGCCAUUGACAUGUCUGUGAAUUCCAUCAAAUUUGAAAGUGAAUGAGUGUAAACUGUGAAAUGCUCUAUGUUGUAAAAUUAUAGAAUUCAGAUCUUUAUAUAUGGUUAAAAUUUGGAGUGUAUAUUCCAAUAUCUUUUUAAAUCCUUCAUUCAUGCGUCUGAGCAUUCUUUCCAAGGUCAAUUGCUUGUAUUUAAAUUACAUUUUUUUUUGAAGAAAAUGUUUGUCUCUUAAGAUGUUAACUUCAUCUAACAGUAAAAUGUAGUUCAUUUUUUAAAAGAAAAAGGGGAACUGGCAAAUGGUUCUAUUUGAGUGUCAGCGCUGUAAUGUUUGUUCUUUUAAAUUUGAGGAGCAAAAAUUAUGAAGAUUUCAUGUGCAGAAAAGACAGGUAGCACAUUCAAUAAACCAUGUCACAGAUAAGUUUUUAAAAAAAAAAACUUCGCCUUUCAUUAAUUUGAUAGCUGAUGUAUUGUGCAGUCACACUGUAGAAUUGGGUGUAAUUACAGUGAAGGUUUUGAAAGUGGGGUAUGCACAGUUAGCAUGACAAUGAAGAUACAGAUUUUCAUGGCCAUUUACAGUACUUUUAAAUUGUGCAGGACCUACUAAUCUUACUAUUUUUUUUUUGGUUUUGCAAAGUGCCAGAGAAAUUUCAGUCCAUUAUAGUUCAUUCCAAAAUGCCUUUGGCCUGGAGAAUUUCCAAAACCAACAGAUUAUCCAAGUGACGACAGCUGGUUAGCCUGUUCAGAGAAUCAUUACAUAUUUGGAUCUAGGAAACCUGCAGAAAUAAUCUGCUCCAAGUUUUAUCUGAUGUCUGCCCUCAGGAUUGCUACGAAAUGGUUCUGAAAAAUGUCCCAAUUCAAUGUGUAUCAAUAAGAGUCUCCAGUAGGUAUUUCAGAAGGUGCUCAACCUCCUUGUUUUCUUAGGCUUCUUCAUGUUGUGCAGAAACUUAACCUGUUCCCCAGUCCUGAGCUCUUCCUAGUACAAUUAGGACAGCAUUGUUCAAUGCUCACCAGACUUGUGGAGAGUGGGUCGCCAUAUGCACCACAAAUUUUAAAAAUGUGUGCAAUGUUAAACAAAUACACAAUCUCUUGAAAAUGGACUUGUGGCUUCCAACUGUCGGCUCUCAUUGCAGAGCCAAGAGAACAGCUUGAGCAUUUUGUAACUCUCAUUUUCGAAAAGAUGACAGUUAACAGAGUUUAUUUUUGACAGCUUUAUUUCAAAUAAGUUUCUUCAAAGGUAAACCUUCAGUAUUGCAUUGGAAAACAAUAAGAAUAGACAAAUCUCUGCAUUUGGCUUCUACAAUUUUACUUAUUCCUUACUUGAUGCUCUGCUGACAAUUUCUGGGCACACUAUCCACAUUUAAUAGACCUUUGACUCAUGCCUAACCUCCUGUAACCUUCCCAUUUACAUCAAUAGUGACCCAUUCUUUCCAAAAAAUCUCAACAGAUUGGUUAAGGUGAAAGCUGGACACAUUUGGAUGUUGUUGCAUUGUACUGCACUGGUUUACCAGAACUGGCUAAGGUGGGGGAGGUUUGCAAACAUUUUGAAAGCAUCUGGGCCUAGGUUUUAGGGAUGUGGUACUGAGAUAGAUCUUUAUGAACCUGGGAGUGUUUUGAUUUUGUGGGUUUGUAUGUUAAUAAAUGUUCGUUUACACAA